AUGCCCAUUGCAUUUCGUUUACGUUCAAGUAAAAAGAAAUUUGAUAUUAAUAAUAUACAAUUCGAUACAACACCAGAGAAGCAACUUUCAACACCUUCUGUUAAACCUUCAAAAUCAAAGGCGAAGAAAAAUGUGAAUUCCUCAAAAAAUUCAAAACUUAAAUCAUCAGUUGCAAAAGGCUCAAAUAUUAUAGAAUCGAAAGAUGAUAUUGAGCAUUCAUCUGCCGCUGAUCAAGAUAAUCAGAUUCCUGAAAAUAGUAAAAUCACUCAAGGAAUCGAUGAAAUUGUUACUUUGGGAAAAGAUUCAUCAAUUGAAACAUUAACAUCAAAUGAUAUUGAUAAAUCAAACUCCAUCGAAUCAAUUAGUCAAAAUCAAAGUAUUAAUAAUAUAGCUGAAGAAAGUCAGCCAAUUAAUGCGACCGAGGAUAAAAAAGAAGCAGCAACUUUAGAAAAGAAUGAAAAUGAAUUGCGAGAACUUGUAGAUAAUAUAGCAGAAAAUAUUCAAGUUAACUUAGAGACAAGCGAAGCUCUGGUAGAUUCAGGUUUACACGAUAUUCUAGUGAAAGAUAAAUUGGAAGAAAGUGUACCUUCUGAAACAAGUAACGUGAUAGAACAAACUACUUCACCGACUGACUCCGAUGAUGAAGCCCCAGAGACAAUUUCUAUGUCAACUAGCAAAAUUCUAGCAUUGAGUAUCAAAAAGAAAGAGCGUCAAGUGCAACAAAAGUCAUUGGAGAUUAAGAAACGAAAACGUCGUGAGAUUGAUGCAAAAUUAAAAGAACAAAAAAUUCGUAAAACGGUUAAAUUAGUAAAAUCAACCGAUACUGAAGAAUCUAAAGAAGAAAUUGAUAAUAUCAUAAAAAAAAUAAAUGAAGAAGGUUUACCAAGAUUCUUGCCCACAGAGUUAUUAAAAGAUUUCGCGAAUGAUGAUAAAGUGAAAAAAAAAAGAAAACAACCAGAGGAACAUAUGCAAGUUAAGUCAAAAAUAAGAAAAACCGAACUACAAAGUAAAAAGGAAAAUUCUAGGAAACAAACAGGGCCUUUCUCCGUUAUUGCUUUACAAGACUCUAACUUUGAUAAGCCAACUCCAAUUGCCAAAGGAGUUGCGGAAUUUAAGGAGGAUCAUUUUUAUGGAAAAAGAUUACCCAGAAAAAACGCUAUUUUGAACGCGAGCCAAGGGAGAAGAGGCGCGGCUAUUAGGUUUUGUCGAACAUAA